CGACACCCUUUUGCUCCUGCUGGUAUAUCAAUCUCUUCUAUUCUUAACAAAGCAAGCAAUAGACCAAUAUUUCCCCUAGAACCGUCAAACUCCCCCGUCGUCCAGUCGAGGACUCCGCCUCAUCCCUUAGUGUCUUCCCCUGCGUCGUGUUGUCAGAUUGUGCAGGCAUGGCUGCGCCGCCGGAGAUCACUUGCACCAAUCUAUCGGGCAAGUUCGUGAUGAACAAAACUCUUUCGGACGACAUCGACUCAAUGCUCGCCCUCCAAGGCCUGAGCUGGCUCACUCGAACCGCAAUCAGCCUGGCUACGGUCGUCCUCACCGUCAAAGAAUACAAACAAGAUGAUAUCUACCACAUUGACAUCACAUCUGUGGCUUCGGGCCUCACAACGACGCAAGAAAACCGUACGCUAGACUGGCAAGAGCGAGACCACCAGGAUCGCAUCUUCGGGAACUGCCGGGGCAAGUCAAGACUCUGGAAGACAGGCGACUACAAAAUGGAAGGCCCUGGUACAGAAGAAGAUGCGGUGUUCUUGCAGGCUCACAAACUCAAGGACGGUCAGACGGAUUCCAAGUUUUUGGACGACGAACAUGUUCAAAGCUGGGUGAAGAACAUGGAUGCGGCCGGCUGGCAGGCUGAGCAGAACUGGGGAUUUGAAGACAUCGACGGUGAACGGCGAUACACUCGGCGAGUCCUGGUCUGGAAAGGCGGCGAGUUUCGACGAGCCCGCCUCGUGUAUGACUACAAAGGACAGGCGGAGAAGAAAGACGAAGACGACGACAAUGACUUGGCAUAUGGCGAGGAAUGAGCAAUGACACCCAUGGUACAGAGAGAACAGUGAUACCCAGCAAGCAUGGAAACAAUGUGCAUAUACUUUCAAUGCACACGGGAAUGGAUGGUAUGGCCGUAAGACUGACAUCUCGCCGAAGAACCGGCGCUCCAUUGACUUCCGAGAUUCGCAACAUUUGCUCAGAGCAUUCAACUACACAAAAGUAUCGUCCAGAUAUACCUCCCGUCCGCGUAUCUCGCGCGUGUGUGGGCACCCGCUCCGCAUUCAUUUGGAAGAAAUUGCGCAACCCUCUGACGU